AACGGUCGUACAUUCAAAAAAUCAACCGCCAUUGGAUAUACACUCACACUCUGCAAAAAUAUUUCUCCCUCGUCAGAGCUCAAUAAACCCCAAAACCUAAAACCCUAAAAAGCAAUGACACCCUAAGAGAGACAAAGAGGGAGAGAGAGAUGGGUAUAUCGGAAAUUGAUUGCAGAGUAGGCACUUUGGUGUGGGUUCAGAGGAAAAAUGGGUCAUGGUGGCCUGGCAGAGUAGUGGAGCUCACUGAGUUCUCACCUUCUCAUCUCACCCACCGCAGAGCCUGCACACCCGUCAAGCUUCUCGGAAGAGAAGAUUCUAGUGUGGACUGGUACAAUUUAGAGAAAUCUAAGCGCAUCAAAGCAUUUCGAUGUGGUGAGUUUGAUGAUUGUAUUGAAAGAGCUGAGUCCUCCCAUGCCAAUUUUUCGAAGAAAAUUGUCAAAUAUGCACGUCGAGAAGAUGCUAUUCUUCAUGCUCUUGAGCUGGAGAAGCAAGAAGUGCAGAGAAAACACAAAGCAGCAGGGAAGGAGUGGUCAGGAAUAAUCUGCCAAGCAAAAAGAAGCAGACGUGUUUACUUACCAGCUGAGUCAAAUAAUUGCUGGAAGCGCACAGCUUUUCGUCCCAAACCAUUGCAGGUUUCAACCUCAAAAUUUGAAAUGCGUGAAUGUCCUCAGCAAUCUGGUUCAGCUGAAGACAACAACUCUUCCAGAUCAAUGGAAUCUGAUUCAUCUGAAAGUGAUUCUCAAGGUCCAGAUAGAGUUCAAAGGGAAACACAACUUUCAGAUGCUGCUAUCCUUGUGUCAACUCAACCAAGUAAUUCAGGGAAGUAUGAUGGGCAACCUGGAAACAUGAACGGGAAGGGGAAUCAUGAACUCAAUAACUUGUCUGAUGUUCCUCUUAAACACCUGACUGCAGCUGAGUUUGGGAUACAGAAAAGGGUGCAUAUAGGAAAAGAAAACAUUUGCAAUCUAACCAAAAGGCAACUCGAUGUGAUUGAUGUAAAGAAUUAUGUCAAAUUCAAAAAAAGGAUACAUAACAAUGGUGAAACUUUGACUUCAAGUGCAGCUUUAGCUUAUCAUAGUAUAACUGAAUUAGACACAAAAGCAGGGGAAAAUUCAGUUUGGGUGGCCAAUACGCUGUCUCAAUCAACUCCAGUUUAUAUUGGCUUUAGUAAUAGGAUGGAAACAACAUUAACAGAUGUGGAGUUGAAAGUCCAAGCAAGUUAUCGAGAAGAUCAUGUCCCUCUGGUUUCUCUAAUGAGUGGCUUAAAUAGGAAGGCAAUAGUAGGGCACCCGAUUGAUAUUGAAGCCUCAGAUGACGGUUCUUCAGAGAUCCUUCUUGCUAGAAAACAUGAAAUUGGCCACAAGUUGUUGGAUAACAAUGGGAGUACCAUGCUUCGGCCAGCUUGGAGAACUUCUAGAAGGACUCGUGUGUGUUAUGUCCCACAAUCCCAUACUCCUCCCACUCUGAAUGAUGCUAAAUAUGCACAAGCUUAUCAAAAUUCUGGUCAUUUAAGUCUCAAGGCAAGGGCAAACAGUUUGCAACCAACAAAAGACAUUCCGAGGAAACCUAACUUGGUUAACCUGAAAACAAGAACAAUCUCUUCAUUUGACACUGAACAGAAACUUGGUGGCAAUGAGGGUGAUCUUCAACCCAUCAGCCAGGGCUGCAUGAUAGACAGACAACUGAAGGCAAAAGACAUGCCUACCAGAGUUACAUGUGUCCCUGUAAAACUAAUUUUCAGCAAGUUACUGGUUGCGGUUGGUAGGGUGCAAUCUUGAAUAGAACCUUUUGGAGUUAUUAACUUAUGGCAGUAUAGAAGGAAAGCCUGUUAUAGUAUACAAAAAUCUGUGGUUGUAUAGAAUCAUAUUACAUUCUAGUUUUUAUCUGCUAAGUAUAGGUUAUGGCUCUUAAUUUGAGAGAUAUCAGGGUUCCAUUAUUGGGUCUUGUUUGGGCAUACUUAGUAGAGCAUCCUCUGGGGAAUUUGUAUGUAUGCAUGCAAGUUGGAAUUUUCAUCUAAAUCCCAUUCAAUGUGAUCUGUUUUGUAGCUUUUGUUAUCACC